AUGGCGAGGAGGAAGAAAAGGAAGCGGGCGAAUGCAAGCGAUCGACCAGAGGUAGCUCCUUCCAUUGAUGCCUUAAAUGCGCGGGACGAUCAGCAAUCCAAGCAAAUGGUCGUUUACGCCGACACGUCCGGCUUCCUUGGGCGCCAAGAAGAGGAAGCAAAAGAGGGUCAAGAAGUGAAAGAGGAAGAAGAGGUGUUGAUGUUGGAGCUAAACCCAGUAUCAGAUCCAGUAGAAGAAGACGAUGACGACGACGAAGAGGUGUUGAUGUUGGAGCUAAACCCAGUAUCAGAUCCAGUAGAAGAAGACGAUGACGACGACGACGACGACAAAGAAGAAGAAGAAGACGACGAAGAAGAACAACUUCCAGGCUCGAGCAAACGAUCGCCCAGUCGCUCCAAGGCUCUGAAAAGGACGAGGACAUACAAGACCGGCAUCUAUCCGUGCAGCAUUUGCGAGCGAGUUUUCAAGUAUAGUUGGCACCUCAAGAACCAUCAGCUCGUCCACUCCGAUGAGAGACGCUUCCGGUGCCAGUUCCCUGGCUGCGAUCGAACGUACAAGCGGAGGGGCGAUGUCAACGUACACAUGAAAAGGAGCCAUCGGCUGUCUGUCCGCAAGAGAAUCAAGUCGUCGUAGAAGUUCCAAGAGCUCCUGAAAGUUUAUUACGAAGAUCCACUAUUCGUACGUACUUCUGUAGCUAGGAUUGUUUUCGUGACGAAACUAGCGUUUCAUUCAGCUUGUAGGGAGAUUCUAGAGUGAGCGAGCACACCAGGGAUGAGACUUCGUCACCUGCGAGGGGAAGCAGCUGUUGUAGUCUUUAGGGAAAUCAAAACACUCUUCUUCUUA